AAAAAUAAUAGAAUGAAUAUAGAAACUUAAUCAGAAAAGUCUGACUAAAGAAGAUCAAAGAGAGAGAGAUAUGUAGGUGAAGCAUUGAAUGCAGUAUAAAAAUGGAGGGAUUUAUUUGAAAAUGGUUAUUCUGAUGAAGUAGGUAAUUACAUAAAACCAACUUUGAAAGAAGCAGCAGAUUUAGUUGGACUUCCAAAAAGAUCUCUUGAAUAAUAUUAUAGUGUUUUUAAGUAAUACUUUUCAUUAAAAUCAAGAAAAAUUCCUUAAUCUACUGACAUUAUAAGGUUUCUCGAUAAAAAGAUGGGCUAUCUCAAUUAGUUCAUUAGAGAAUUUUAAAAUGAAUCUGCCAUAACUAAAGAAUAGGAAUAAGAAUUAGAAUAAGAAGUUCAAUAAGAAUAAAGCUCUUGGGAUAAUAUGAUAAUAGAAGCAGAUGAUUCCUUAGCAGUUUAAAGAGAGAUGGAAGAUGAACCUUAACUUUGUUAGAUUCUUUAAUAGUAAUAAAUUUAUGAGAAUGAAGAAGAAUAUAUAAAAUUUUUAUAAUUAGAGGAAGAUUAAAAAUAUUGUUCAGAGUAUUACUAUUAUGAUGAAGAUGAUGAUUAUUUUAUUAAAGAUGAUUUUAAUAAUCCUGCUUUACCAGAUUGA